AUGUUUGCCAACACGAGAAUCGCCCCCCUCGGUUGGGCGGCGGCCGCCAUCUUAGGCCAUCCUGCGUCAGCCUCGAUCGACGACCAGGCGGGCUUGCACUUCAACGGCGGCACAUUCGAAAAGCCGUCAUCUCUCGUCCGCCCACGCUUCCGCUACUGGCUGCCCGACUCGAGCGUCAGCCCCGAUGUGGUCAAGGCGGACAUCACGGCGGCCGGCUCCAUCGGCGCUGGCGGUAUUGAGCUGCUCCCGUUCUUCCAGUACGGCGGCCGGAUCGGCAACAUGCCACCCGGCGCCGACUGGUCCAUCUCAAACUUUGGGACGCCGCAGUUCGACGCCGUCUUCCGCGCUGCGCUCGAGGCGCACCAGGAGCACGGCAUGGUCAUGGACUUUGCCCUUGGGCCCAACCAGGGCCAGGGGGUGCCCGUGCGCGCCGACGACGAAGGCCUGCAGUGGGACCUGGUCCCUUUCACCGCGGCCGUUCCGCCCAACCGGUCCUUCCACGGCGUGGUUCCCGGCUGGGGAACUGGAGAGCUGGUGUCUGUUGUGUCUGCGGCUGUCGCGUCGCAGAAGUCCCUGUCGACGACCGCCUCGGACGAACUACAGCUGGUCAACGUCACAUGGGAUCAGUAUAUUCUGCGCCAUGGCAGUCUGACCGAGAGGAUCUCGUCUGUCGACAAUACGACGGGAGAGGUCUCCUUGACGCUGGGCGCCGCCUCGAAUUCGACAGGCUAUCGUCUGUUUGCCUUCUACCAGAAGCUCACUUUGGAGCGGAACCUCGUUUUCAACGCGACCCAGGACAAGACCAUAUUCGACAAUGGAUCUUUCGUCGUCGAUCAUUUCGACGGUGCCGGCGCCCGUGUGGUGGCAAGGUUCUGGGAAGACCACAUCCUCACGGACCCGACGACUAAGGAGCUGUUGACAAAGGUCGGCAAUUACGCAUGGGAGGACAGCGUCGAGAUCACGUCCAACAUCUCGUGGUCCAAAUCACUCUCCGCGCGCUUCCAGAAGGUCGCUGGAUAUCGCAUUGAGCCAUUCCUGCCCCUUUUAACGUUCAAGCAAAACAACUUCGCCUUGCAGGCCGCGACCCCAGGGCCGUUCGAAUGCCUCCUCGACUCCCCGGACCAGGGCGCCGGCCACGUCAACGACUACCACAACACGUUGGCUGAUGGGAUAAAAGACUAUCUCCAAACCCUCACAAACUGGACAAAUGGCGUCCUGAAACUGCAGUUAUCGGCGCAGCCAGGGUAUAAUUUGCCGGUCGACAUGCUGGCCACGAUCCCAAUCGUGCAGGCGCCCGAAUGCGAGAGUCUUGGCUUCGGAGACGACAUCGACCUGUACCGCCACUUUACCGGCCCCGCGAACCUGGCCGGGAAGCGUGUCAUUUCGAACGAGCUCGGUGCCGUCAUAAUGUCCGCCUACCGGUACCUCCUUUCGGAACUCCUGUUCUCGGCUAAUCGGGGCUUCGCCGCUGGCAUCAACCAGUACGUCAUCCAUGGGCAGGUGUAUAGCGGAAACUACUACGCGACGACCUGGCCCGGCUACACCCCCUUUAGCUAUCUCUUUUCCGAGCUCUACUCGGACAAGCAGCCGUACUGGGAAAACGGCCUCGCCGACGUGCUCGGCUAUAUGGGUAGGACGCAGCUGGUCCAGCAGUCUGGCGUUCCUCGGGUCGACGUGGCUGUGUACAGCAAGCAGUCAACUACGUCGCCGCUCGGGGUCGGGUAUAAAGCGGCUGACCUACAGAAGAACGGGUGGACGUAUACGUACGUAUCGCCAGCCAAUUUCGAUCUUCCCCAAGCCACUGUCAAUAAUGGGGUGCUUGGGCCCAACGGGCCGGCGUGGAAGGCCAUAGUGAUUGAAAGCACCCGGAACCUGACCCUGAGCGCUGCUUCGAAGGUCAAGGAGUAUGCCGGGGCCGGUCUGCCCGUCAUUUUCAGCGGUGGCUCCCCCAGCUACUACCCCGAAAAGGACGGCGGCACCAAUGUCCACCAAGUCGCAGCCGGUGGCGUGGCCGAGCUUCUUUCCUCGCUUGGUCUCAGCCCCUGGGUCAAGGCCAGCAGCAACGGCACCUGGUACACGACAUGGCGCGAGUCGGCAGCUGACGGCAUCGACUAUGCCUUCGUUCUCUCCGACUUGGCACCAGCGUCCGGGGAAAUCGUUGUCGCGAGCACCAAGCGACCCUACUUCUUCGACGCCUGGACGGGCACGCGGAAGCCGGUUCUAACGCACCAGCAAGACGAAACGACCACCACGAUCCCGCUCAGCAUGGCGGGCAACCAGACGCUCAUCAUCGCCUUUUCUGACAAGCUGGAGUCCGAGGUUCCGGCCCCGUCGAUGCACAUCACCUCGGCCCCGCCCUCCGUCAUCGGCGCAGACUUUGACAAAACGUCGGGCAUCUCCCUGCGCGUCGUCGCGUCUGCGGCGCCAGGCAACGUUAGCCUUUCCGACGGGACUUCCCACGCCGUCCCCGCGAUGGAGGCGCCCCCCGCCUUCGCCCUCACAAACUGGACCCUGGUGGCCGAGCUCUGGGAGGCGCCCCCCAACCUCUCCGACGCCAGCGCCAUCGCCUCCAAGCGCAACACGACCCAUGAGCUCCCCACGCUGGUCCCCUGGGCUGCCAUCCCGGCCCUCGUAAACGCCUCCGGCCUCGGCUACUAUUCGGUGCGUUUUUCAUGGUCCCCCUCCAACGCCUCCGCCACGGGCGCAUACCUUUCGCUCCCGGGCCCCAUCCCCAACACGGCGCCCCAGCUACUCAACGCCGGGUCCCUCCCGGUGCCCGAGGUCCUGGUGGAUCUCAAGGGGAUACCGCUGCCGGGGCGGGUGGAGGCCGGGCUCGUUGGGGAGGUGAGGGUUAUCCCAUUUGUGGUGCAGAGGCUGGGCCUGUAGGGGCGGGCUUAGUGUUGAGAUGACAAAUGCCCCUGGUCAGUGACUUGGGACACGAGCCACAACAGACUUCCCUCAUGUAUAAAAGGCCAUGGCCUUUCCCACCCUUCUGAGGGCACACUGCUAGACAAGCAAGAAAUGCAAAAGACCUUAGAUCAUUG